ACCCACUUCCCUUCUUCGAUUCCGUCGUUCGAGAUUCAAAUCUCAACCUCCUCCAAGAAAUUUCUCCAUUUUUUUUUUGUUUUCCACUCUGAUUUUGCUCUGGAAUUCAAGUUGCAGGAGGACGAUGGAGGACAAUUUCGCAUCGUUGCCUGAAGAAUGCUGGGAACUGAUCUUCAGUUUCCUCCUCCUACGCCGUCACGGCCACCAUUUCGAAUCCCUAUCCCUCGUCUGCAAGCAAUUCUUUUCCAUUACCAAUAAGCUUCGAAUUAGAUUCAGAAUCUCCGAAUUAACGGUUCCAGUACUUCCCCGGAUUUAUUCGAGAUUCCGGCAAAUCAAGAAGAUUGAUCUUCAGAAUUUCAAGGGCGCCCUCGAUGGCCUGCUCGUUGGAAUCGCAGGAUCUGGAUUGGAUGUUGAAUCGCUCGAUAUCUCUAAUCAGAAGAGAAUUCCGGUUACUGGUUUGAUGGUCUUGGGCUCGAAGAUGCGGAAUUUGAGGGUUUUGCUUUGCUCGAAGAUUGGAUUUCUGCCGGACGACGAUCUGGUUGUUAUUGCUAGGUCGUUUCCGAAUCUUGAAGAGCUCGAUAUCAGUUAUCCGAAGAACGCUCUCGCUUGCGAUGGUCGUGGGGAGGUUACGGAUUUGGGGAUUUUCGGUCUGGUUCAGGGGCUGCCGCGCCUUUGCAAGGUAAAUUUAUCUGGCAAUUCGUUCAUUUCUGAUAAGUCACUUCUAGAUUUAUCAACGAACUGUGUGUGGCUAAAGGAAAUAGCAAUUUGUGAUUGCGAUUUCAUUACUCAAUCAGGUAUUGCUAAGGCCCUGCGCCAGAGUCCUAAUCUGAGUUCAAUUUCCGCAAAUUGGAUUGGAAUUCCCUCUCUUCAUCCGGAUCUUAUUGAUUCCUUGAAAAUUUUGACUUCUCUUAAUCUUUCGGAAUCACUUAUCUCGGAUGAGUUGCUGCAUUCAGUAGCAAAUGCACGUCUGCCAUUGAAGAAGCUCAUUCUUUCCCAUUGCCACAACUUCUCGUUGUCCGGGAUUUCGUUGGUGUUGUAUAAAAAUCUUCUGAUUGAAUGGCUAGAUCUUGAAGUGGCCAAUUUUCUGACCGAUGAGUCUGUAAAAGAGUUAUCAAAAUUUCUUCCACUGAUAAAAUUCAUAAACCUCAGCAAUUGCUCGAAUCUGACCUGUUCUUCCUUGUUCUCUCUAGCAAGAAACUGCCCUGCUCUAACUGAGGUAAAAAUGAAGAAUGUAAAUCUCGAGAAAGACGAAGACUACACAACAGACUUAUCCCACCCUCAACUUAUGUCUCUAGAUUUAUCUGGGAACAGGAAUUUGUGUAACGAGGGUGUGGGAAAAAUUGCUUCCAUUUUCCCAAAUUUGGAGCUGUUGAAACUGAACCACUGUGCAGGAAUCACAGAAGAAGGCAUUGGAGAACUGCUGAGAGUGUGCAACAAGAUCAGGCAUCUGGAACUAAAUUUCUGUACAGGAAUCAAGAAUUUGGAGAUGGACUUUGAAGUUUCAGCCAUGGAAGCACUUAGAUUACAAAGACUGGCAAUUGAGGAUUCAACAUUAGCAGUGAUUGGAAGAAGAUGCCCUUCUUUAAUCCAUCUGGACUUGCUGGGCUGUUCAAAAGUGACUGCUGAAGGGGUGAAGGAGGUGGUGAGAAAUUGCAGAAGAUUGAGGGAAAUUAACUUGUGGGAUUGCUGUGAAAUUGAUGGAAGUAUUCUUCCAUGGAUGGUUUUCUCAAGGCCAUCUCUGAGGGAGAUAAUGGCACCCAAUUCUCUUCUUCCUACUGAUAAUCAAAGGGACCUUUUCUUGCGCCAUGGAUGUCUGGUCUUCAAUGAUGGAUCUCUCUUGGAUCUAAAUGGCAUCUCCUAUAAUAGUGUCUGGUAAGUUUGUUGUUGCUUCCUUUUUGCUUUCCCUUCAAACCCAAUUCAUUUCAGAGAUUCCCCUCUUUCUUCAGCUAUACUCAUAAUGGUAUGAAUGUACACACUGAGAUUAUAUUUGAAAGUAAUUGUAUAGAUGGAAUUCCCCAUAUAUGGAAAGGAAUAUUAGAAAGAUGGUGGAAACUA